CUACUCCCAUCGUGUGAUUAGUUAUUUUAUCUCCGUCUUCCUUUUUAUCUCUCUCUCUGCUUCCUCUAGAUCCGAACGGUCCGUUUCAGGUAGUAUUUCUUUGUACCGUUUCCUCGGAAAAAGAGCAAAGAUCGAGGCGCUCUCCAUUCGGGAAAGGACAGAAGGCCAUGUAAUCUGUUCCCUGAGGGUAAUUAUUAAUUCCACACUCUUAUCAAACCUAGUGUUCCUUGGUGCACAAGAUGGGUAAAUGCAAGGGCUGUGGGAAAUUAGGGAGAAUGAUGCCAAGAGAUGAGUCUAGGAGUGGUUACCAUUUUACUCUUCUAUUGUCGCCUGUUGUUUCUGUUUGGGAUUGCAUCGUUCGUAAAAUGAGGUAUUCCUACAGGCCUGAGUGGGUGUAGUUAUUUACUUUAUUGGAUUAUUCAAGUUCUGAACAACCAAAUUAGCUAGAAAUUAUAUAGAUUGAAAAAGAAAAGAAAAAAAAGAAGAAGGAGAUGGAAACACAUAGGAAAAUGUAUACAUUUUGGGUUGUUCUUUAGGAUAAGCUGAGCAAACAGGAUUGUGUAUAAUUAGAUUGGUAGCUUUCAUGGAUAACGCGAUAUGUAAUAAGGUGCAACCUGUUGUGAGAAAAGUGAAGAAAAAGCAGGCUAAGGGUGAGUUGGAUCGUCUUAAACAGGCUGAGAAGAAAAAGAGGCGCUUGGAAAAGGCUCUUGCUGCUUCUGCAGCCAUCCGAUCUGAGUUAGAGAAGAAAAAGCAGAAAAAGAUUGAAGAACAGCAGAGGCUUGAUGAAGAGGGUGCUGCAAUUGCAGAGGCUGUUGCUUUGCAUGUACUACUUGGUGAAGAUUCUGAUGAUCCAUGUAAAAUUAUGCUAAACAGGGAAGAGGGAUUUAACCCUUGGCAUUGUGUGGAGAAUUUUGACCUAUGUAUGGGUGGAAGGAGAGCAUAUCUUCCUCAUCAAUACCAUGUAAAUUGUCCAGGUAAUGGGUUAGAUGAACAUGGAUACAAGUUGGGGGACCAUGAAAGUGGCGACUGGCCUCUCUCAUAUGCGCCUGUUGAAAGAAGUCUCUGUGCACCAUAUUUUGGUGAUGCAAGCUGGGGUACUGAAGAGUUCUCUGCUGGUCUUCUUGCAGCUCAGGCUGUCUCGUCUCUUCAGAUUGCAGAGGAUGCGCAUGUAGACACUGUUGUGCUUGAUGGAAUACUGAGAGAAUAGAGACACAUGUUCAGUUAUAUAUUGUUGUUCCGCUUGAAGGAGUCUUUGUCAUGGUUUUCAAAAACAGUUUGUACAUAUUGGUGAAAGUUUGGUCAUUGUACCUUUGAGAUCUGCAAUUUGUUGCAUCUCUGUUGAAUAAUGUUGUGCUGAUAGUUAUUUCAUUUCAUAGAAUGUUUUUUUUCCUCUCCCCAAGUGGUCUUCUUCACCAGGCUUGGAGAUUGUGGACUGAUUUUUGUUCCUAGUGUUGAAGCCAUGAAUUUUAGACUUGUAUUUUUGUAAGUUACUUGAUAAUUAGAAGAACAUUUGAAUUUUUUUUUUCC